AGCGCGCCCUCCCCGUGCCGCCGGAAGGAGGGCGGCUACGCAGCGCGUGCGCCCCUAGCCAUGGCGGCGCCGUCGCGGCUCCUGAUACGCGGGGGGCGCGUGGUCAACGACGACUCCUCGCAGGUGGCCGACGUGCUGGUGGAGGACGGCGUGGUGCGGGCGCUGGGGCGCGACCUGCUGCCGCCCGGGGACGCGCCGGCCGGGCUGCGGGUCCUAGACGCCGCCGGCAAGCUGGUCUUGCCCGGCGGCAUCGACACGCACACGCACAUGCAGUUCCCCUUCAUGGGCUCGCGGUCCAUGGACGACUUCUACCAGGGCACCAAGGCUGCCCUGGCAGGAGGCACCACCAUGAUCCUUGAUUUUGCCAUUCCUCACAAAGGCCACUCCCUCAUCGAGGCCUUCGAGACCUGGCGAAGCUGGGCUGAUCCCAAAGUCUGCUGUGACUACAGCCUUCAUGUGGCGGUGACAUGGUGGAGUGAGCAGGUUAAAGAAGAAAUGAAAAUCCUUACCCAAGAUAAAGGUGUGAACUCCUUCAAGAUGUUUAUGGCCUAUAAAGAUCUGUACAUGCUGAGAGAUGAGGAGCUGUACAAGGUCUUCUCUUGGUGCAAGGAAAUUGGAGCAAUUGCUCAAGUUCAUGCAGAAAAUGGAGACCUCAUUGCAGAGGGAGCGAAGAAGAUGUUGGCUUUGGGGAUAACGGGUCCCGAGGGCCAUGAGCUGAGCCGCCCAGAAGCGGUGGAGGCAGAGGCCACGCUGAGAGCCGUCACCAUAGCCGGCGCCGUGAACUGCCCUCUGUGCGUCGUGCACGUGAUGAGCAAGUCCGCAGCAAGGGUGAUAGCAGAUGCCAGGAGGGAUGGGAAGGUGGUCUAUGGAGAACCCAUCGCAGCAGGUCUCGGCACAGAUGGCACUCACUACUGGAAUAGAGAAUGGCCCCAUGCAGCCCAUCACGUUAUGGGUCCACCCCUACGACCGGACCCUUCGACGCCUGACUUCCUCAUGAAUCUAUUGGCUAAUGGUGAUCUAACCAUAACAGGGUCUGACCACUGCACUUUCAACACCUGCCAGAAAGCUCUUGGGAAGGAUGAUUUUACUAAGAUUCCCAAUGGAGUGAAUGGUGUUGAGGACCGGAUGUCAGUAAUAUGGGAAAAAGGCGUGCACAGUGGCAAAAUGGAUGAAAACUGGUUUGUGGCAGUUACCAGCACAAAUGCAGCUAAAAUCUUUAAUCUGUAUCCAAGAAAAGGAAGAAUAGCUGUGGGCUCAGAUGCUGACAUUGUGAUUUGGGACCCAAAAGCCACAAGGACCAUUUCGGCAAAAACUCAUCAUCAGGCUGUUAACUUCAACAUCUUCGAGGGCAUGGUGUGCCAUGGGGUGCCCCUGGUGACUAUUUCAAGAGGCAAAGUGGUGUAUGAAGCUGGAGUUUUCAAUGUCACAGCAGGAGACGGGAAGUUUAUUCCUCGUAAACCAUUUGCUGAAUAUAUUUACAAACGGAUCAAGCAGCAGGACCAGGUAAAAUCAGAGAAAAGGAUGCUGCUGUUCCCAUCCCAGUUUAACGUUGUCAGCCCAUGGAGAAGCAGGCCUUAUUUCAACUCCCCAAGAUCCUUUUGAAAAAAUAAUCGCUCUAGGCUUCUUUGAUUUCCUUUCAGAAGCAAUUGCCGUCUUUCUUACUGUGACUUUGUUGCUGUGUAAGAUUGAAGAUAUAAAUGAAUAUUAUUGUGAUAGAAAGUCUGUGUGAAAAUUCACUGAUGAUACUUUUAAAAUGUCAUCUUUGCUUGCACCAGAUUUCUCACUUUGAAUUUUUAAAAAUCACUUUCUUGUUUAAAGUUUUUUAAUGGCUACAUUUGUUUAAAAAU